AUGGAGACAAGCAGCAGGAAGAAGCAGAGCAUUUCUAAAUGGAGACUCUGUGCAUUUCAGAACAAAGCAAGAGAGGGAGAAGGCUUGCGUUUAGUGCGUUGGCAGCGUGUGACGGAUGCUCAAGCGCAGCAGCUGCAGCAGCAGCAGCAGCAGCUGCAGCAGCAGCUGCAGCAGCAGCGCCUGCAGCACAUGCAGCUAAACGAACGCUUGCAAUAUUUUCAACUACAAGACGAAGCAGAGUUUACCUACGCUAAAUUUAAUAUUAAAGUGCUGCACCCUCCAUUAACAAAACAAAUAUAUGAUAAACUUGUUCCGGGGCUGGAGGGUAACUGGUCUUACGAAGAGACAUCUUUGCUGUGGAAGCUAUGUGAAGUCUAUCAACUUCGCUGGUUUGUUAUCUACGACCGUUUUAACUUUGAGCAAAUUAAUUUAAACAACUCUAAAAAGAAUAUCAAAGGCAUGCAAGACCUUAAGAGACAUUACUUCGCUAUUGCUAAGGCGCUGACAAUCAACGCCUUUGAUGAACGCAUAGCGAAGGCGGAAGCAGAUGCAGCACCUGCUGCUGUGCUGCAGAGACUUCAAGAAGAAAAGCAGAGACAUCCACUCGUCAAAUUCUCUUAUAAUGUUGCAGCGGAGAGGCAGAGACGACAGCUGCUGGAGCAGCGGCAUCGGGUGUCUGCUGAGCUGCAGCAGCAGCAGCAGCAGCUGCAGCAGGAGAUCCGUAGUGUUGAAGUGGAAGCAAAAAAAUACAGCAAAACGAGAGAAGAGCAGCGCAGAAUUCUUAAGAAAUUCGAAGUGGCUGGAGAAGACGUUGUUGUUGAGCCGCAGCCUUUGCUGCAGUUCACAGCCCCUACGGCGACGACUUUGAGCAGCGUGCUGCAGCAGCAGAAGCAGCAGCUUCCUAAGCGACAGUCUGAGCUGGUGGAGAGACAUAUGAAUGCAUACGAUGCCCCCAAGCCUACCUGCAACUCCUUUCCUGUUGUUGAAGCAUAUACAGCUUUGCGGGGAGACGUGGCGGUGCUUGUGGCCCUGAAGAUGCACAUGGAGAAGCUGAAGGCUGAACUUGAAUACUGGGAGACAUCUGUUGCUGCAGCGCAGCACCCGCCUGAUGCAGCAGCAGCAGCAGCAGCAGCAGGAGGGAAAUCGCAAGGCGGCAGAUCGCAAUCGGGCGCUGGGCCUCGCUCAAAGAGAGGUUACGGCGGCGCGCAGGGGGGCAGCAGAGCAGCGUCUGCUGCUGCAGCUCCUUCACAGCAGCAUCAGCAGCUGCAGGUGGAGCAGCAGCAAGUGAAUCUUGGCGAGCAGCAGCAGCAGCUGAUGCAGCACCCUCAAGGGCAUGCGAAGAAGCAGCAGAUGCCACAGCAGCAACAUAUGCAGCAGGCUCAGCAGCAGCAACCGCAGCAGCAGCAGCAGCAGCAUAUGUAUCAUGGUAUGCAGCAGACUGUGCCUGCACAGUCGCCGCAGAUGGCUCAGCCGUUGCCUAUGCAGCAGCGGCAGCUGCAGCUGCAGCAGCAGUUGCUGCAGCAGCAGCAACUGAUGCAGCAGCAGCAGCUCUUGCAGCAGCAGCAGCAACAACCUGCUGUGGGUGUCCACCCUAUGCAGCAGCCGUACAUGGUUGCGGGGAUGCACGACUUGCAGAUGCAGCAGCAGCAGCAGCAGUUGCUGCAGCAGCAGCAGCUAAUGCAGCAGCAACACAUCAUGCAGCAGCAGCAGCUAAUGCAGCACCCAGGACAGCAGCAGCAGCAACCGCUGCAGCAUGGUCCGCACUCCUUCUCUGCUAUGCCGGGGGUAGUGCCGAUGCAGCAGCAGCAGCCGCAGCAGCAGCAGCAACAGCAGCAGCAACCAUCCAAGUCUCGGGUGCGGCGAAGCGCUGCAGCAGCAACUCCAGCAGCAGCUGCAGCAGCAGCAGAAGGGAGCGACGCCAGUCAGCAGCAGCAUGGAAGCACUACCAGCAGGCCCCCUAAGAAGGCUCGAUCAGUCCGUAGAAAUGCAUGA